AUGAAGGCUUCCCUCCUCGCUGUGUUGGCUUUGAUCCUAUGUGCUGAUCAAGCAAAAGCACUUUAUUGCUACACCUGUGACUGGGAACAAAGCAACUGGAGAUGUCUGAAGGCUGAGAAGUGCUCAGACAAGGAGGAGUACUGUGUGACCAACGUGGCUUCUGUAGGAAUUGGUUUUUUGUCUCUGUGGAAGAGGAUCACCAAGAAGUGCUCUGACACCUGCCCACAUCACAACUUCAGCCUGGGCCUGGCUACUUACACCUCAUAUUGCUGCCAGACCUUCUUGUGCAACCUGCAUGCGUGCCCAGGACCCAGGCUAGCUCGGGACUGA